AUGAGGGCGAUUCCCGUUGGAUAUGUUCUCGUCCUCGCUGCUCUCAGCCUCAACUUCAGUGGCGCUCAGCCGCAUCGGCACACCGCCAACACCAACGUGAUUUUCGCCGGGAGCGUAGCCAACCACAGGGUUCUUCCCAUGAUGCCUAAUCUUGGGGAUUUUGGCGGCUACCUUAUUUGUGGUGCUGAGGCCGGUACUGGUUCUGCCACCAGCGCCACCAGAAGCGCUGCGGGUUCCGCCAACUACCUCGAGAGUUGCUCGCAUUUUUGCAGCACGCUGUUGGGCCAGCAAUCGAGGGUCCUCGUACUGAGAGCGAUCGCACCACACGGUGCCCUUUUGCUUGCGCAAGAGAGCAACAUAGCUCGAGGGCUGGCUACUGGCUCCGCCUGA